GCGUCGGAAAAUAAUUGACACACAAACCGCACUGGGGGGUGCAGUUUGUGUGGCAAAACUGCACCUUGGGGAUGCGUUUUUGUUUUGGAGAAACAAACCGCAUCUCCAAGGUGCGGUUUUGCUAGGUCAGCCCAAAACCGCACCUCGGCCAAGCGGUUUUUGUAGGUCAGACCUGAAACCGCUUGGCCAAGAUCCCCAAAAAAGGUGCGAUCCAUAAAAAAGGUGCUAUUUUUGUAAUUUUUUUUAAGGUGCUAUUUCUGGAAAAACUACCAAAAGUUAAAUAGGGAAAAAGAAAAUACGUGGCAAUCCAAUACUUUUUGCCGCCGGAUGAGUUACUAACUUACUCCUCUCUUCUAUUUUUCUUCCCGGCGACUACGGGAAAUCUAACUUGGACUCUAAUCAAGUGAGGAGAAAGGUGGAAAAAGAAGUAUCGCCGCCGCGCUACCUCCUCGCUCCGCCACCUGUGCCGCCGGAGUAAAAGAGUUUGGAGUUUCCGCUUCGGUAAGCCCACUCGAAUUUCUCUCCGUCUAUAUUCCCUCAACUGGUGCUCUCAAAUUUUAUCUGCGCCGCACGAAAACCUAGCCUCCUUCGCUCCCGAUCCAAGUUUCCGCCAAUCGCUCAUUGAUCUGGUAGCGAUACUGAGAGCUUGAAGCUCGACGGAAAUUUCAGUUUCUCAGUUCUGGCGGAUUCUCAAUUGAGCUUUGUUUUCUUUUUUUUACUGCAGAUUUGAAUCUUGCGCAUCCGUCAGCUGCAGCAGAACAAAGCUAUGUCGGCGCUCUUCAAUUUCCAUUCGUUUCUCACGGUUGUGCUGUUGGUGAUUUGUACUUGUACUUACGUGAAGUUGCACUUCCCAGCCAUACUUGAACACAAAACAGGGUUUCGUGGUUUCUUCUGGAAGGCAGCCAGAAUAGGUGAACGUCUGAGUCCAUGGAUGGGAGCAGGAUGCUUUGCGAUGGGUGUUUCAAUCAUAUUCUUCUGAGCUAUGAAGUUUGGGACUUUGUAUUUGGAAGUACGCCAAUCAUGCAUUCUGAGUAAUUUCCUACUUCUACUGCUUGAUUACCACUUACAGUUACAGAUGUAUCCAUACAUUGUUUAGUAAUGUGUUACAGGAUAGAAAAUACUGUUUUCCAUUCAUGUGAUCUCUAGAUUAGAUGUUAAAGCUUCUUUUGGUGUUAGAGACUUUCUUUUUUGCUGUUCCUAUGACUUAGUUUGCUCUUAAAGAACCGAAUUAAAAAAUAUGACAUUUAGGCAGUUUGUCGAUUGAGGUGAAAGUCAUGUCUUUGUUUCCCCCAUCCUGCUCCCUGCAGAAACUAAGCAGAUAAGGCAGGCUUCUUUUGUUAAACUAAGGUAGAAAUCAGAGAGGAAUGAUCAUUUGAUUUUUCGAGGUGAUUUAUUUUAUUGUUCCUUGUAAGCCACUGUAUUCAUGUUUCAUGCACAUGAGAUCUCAUAUUUGUUGCGAACCAUUAUCUUAAUACAUUAAGAAUAACACA